AUGUACACCUUGGUCGUCUGCUUGGUUAUAACCAUCACAUUAUGGUUCCUUCAAGGUCAAAGGUCGGCCAUUAGACGCAACGGGAAACGGUUACCACGGCCUCCCGGAACCCUUCCCUUGGCCGGCAACGGCAUCUGGUUCCUCCAACCAAGGCAUAAGCUGCUCGAUUGGUUCGUUCGUUGCGAGAGGCUCGUUGGAUUCAGCACAUUUGAGAUAUCCGUGCCGUCUCUACCACCAGGCAUAGUGAUCAAUGAUCCUGCAAACGUGGAGCAUGUCUUGAAGAGCAACGACAUCUUCAUCAAGGGAGAAUUCUUCCGAAUCAGAUCCUGGGACCUGUUUGGAAAUGGCAUCAUCAACGCUGAUGGGGAAUUGUGGAAGAUCCAACGAAAGGCUGGACUUCGCUUCUUCAAUAAUGCCAAUAUGAAAAUUCUCGUUGAAGAUGUUCUGCCGCCCAUCCUUGCCGACACCGAGGAAUCCUUGGACAAUGCCUCGAGACAAGGAAACGUCAUGGAUCUCCAGAUCGUGCUCUUGGAUCUCACCACACGCUUGAUGGGCAACAUUGCUUACGAUAUGGAUAUGCCCGCGUCUUUACCGUUCUCGAAGUCCUUCGACUUCGCCUCUGGCGCAAUAGGAGAACGUUUUCAGAACCCGUUCUGGAAGGCCAAAGAAUUUAUACUUGGCGCCUCCCUUCGUAAAGCGAUCUUUGACGUCAAGAUCUUUGGCAGUAGCAUCGUCUCCGCAGCGACCCAAAAGAGAAAGGUCAAGUAUGGUUCGAGCGAAAACAACAUAGCCAAGAACUCGAACCCGGUGCAAAACAAUCUGAUCAACUCCCUGUUGGACCACAUUGAUGAUCAUCAAGUUGUUGCUGAUGCAGCCAUGAAUUAUUUAUCUGCGGGCAUAGACACCACAGCUCAAUCUUUGACUUGGACCCUCUAUCUCCUAAUGCGCCAUCCGGGUGCACAGGAGAAGAUACUGUCGGAGUUGCGUUCAACGUUCGCUGGAGCUAAAGACGACCUUCCUUUAUCUUUUGACACUGUGCAACCUUCAUACCUGCCCUACAUAGCGGCAGUCUUCAACGAAAGCUUACGAUUCUAUCCACCGGUGCCAGUCGAACUCAAAGAGUCCACUGCUGAAACGACAUUUCCGGAUGGCACCUGGCUACCGAAAGGAUCAGUAGUAAUGUGGGCCACUUGGGCAAUGGGUCGCUCAAAGAACACCUGGGGUGACGACGCUGACGAAUUCCGGCCUGAGCGAUGGCUCAUAGCUGGUGACGAGUACGAAGCAUUGACUUUGAAGACGAUGAGUGCUUUUGCAUUCCCAGUCUUCAACGGAGGUCCCAGAGCAUGCCUUGGCAAAAAAAUGGCCGAGCUUUUGGCCAUCCAUGUUAUUGCUAGUCUGAUCUGGAAGUAUGACUUUGCGGAAGUAUUUGAUAAAGAGACCAUGCCCGGAGAGACACCGAAGGAGAGACGAAGCCAGAAUAGCUUGACUUUGCCCAUGGAAGGUGGCUUGCCUUGUUAUGUACGACGAAAGGACUCUAGGCCAGGAGAGUCUCUAUAA